AUGCAAACUCGAGCUAAAACGGUUCCAGAGAGGCAGGAUCACCCACCACUUAAAAGCUGCAGAUCUGUUGAUAAUUACGAGCGUUUGAAUCAUAUAGAGGAAGGUACAUAUGGUAUCGUUUUCAGGGCGAGAUGUAAAGAAACUGGUGAGAUCGUCGCGUUAAAGCGUUUGAAAUUAGAAGAAGAAAAGUACGGAUUCCCCAUAACUUCAUUAAGGGAAAUACACUCACUACUUAUCUGUCAACAUCCUCAUAUUGUCAAUGUUAGAGAGAUUGUAGUUGGCGACACACUUAAUCAGAUUUAUAUUGUUAUGGACUUUGUUGAGCAUGACUUAAAGACCCUCAUGCACACUAUGCCUGAGCCAUUUUUGAUUUCUGAAGUCAAGACACUCUUGAAGCAGUUAUUAGAAGCUACGGCACAUGCUCACUCUAAUUGGAUUCUACAUAGGGAUUUGAAAGCUAGUAACUUGCUUAUGAACAAUCGAGGGCAGAUUAAAGUAGCAGAUUUCGGUAUGGCUAGACGAUAUGCUGAUCCAGUAGAUGAAAUGACACAAUUAGUCGUAACCCUCUGGUACAGGGCACCCGAAAUCUUACUCGGAGAGAAAAAAUAUACUACAGCGGUUGAUGCUUGGAGUAUAGGUUGCAUCUUUGGCGAACUAAUUACAAGUGAACCCAUGUUUGGGGGUCGUAGUGAACUUGAACAGCUAAAGUUGAUAUUCACAAUGUUGGGUCAACCAAGCGACGACAUAUGGAGUGGAUUUAGUAAACUUCCUCAUGCAAAAUCCAUAAACACAUCACAAUUUCCUUUAUACAGCUCUCUUAGACAGCAUUAUAAAAUAUUAACAGAAUCUGGUAUAGAUUUAAUGGCAAAAUUAUUGACAUAUGAUCCAAAAAAGAGAAUAUCAUGUGUUGAUGCACUCAAACAUCCCUUUUUCAAAGAAUCACCUUUGCCCAAGCAUCCAGAUCUCUUUUCUUCAUUCCCUUCUGUAGCUGCAGGUGAACAGCGUAUUGAUUACAAUAGGAGUAGAAGUCCGACUGCCCCGCGAGCUCAUAAUAGCCAAGGGAAAGUAGCUGGAUAUGAUUUUGUGUAAUAGAUAACUUUAUAUAUAUUCUUGCAUACC